AUGAGCACCAUUCAAACAGGAUGGCCAGACACAAAGAACGAAUCUCUUUUUGAGGUCAGACAGUACUUCGACUCGAGGGAUCAGUUAUCCGUUCUUGAUAGCAUUGUGUACAAGGGAAGUCGAAUAGUCAUCCCACCCAGCUUGCGGAAAGAGAUGCUUAACCUUAUACACAAGUCUCACCUUGGGAUAGUCAAGUCAAAGAGUCGCGCCAGAGAGGUCAUGUAUUGGCCAGCCAUGAAUGCUGACAUAGAACAGGCCGUAAGCAACUGUCCAUCUUGUGCAGAGUAUCAGAAACAGCAAAACAGAGAGCCGCUAAAGCCAACACCAACUCCAGAUCUACCAUACACUCAUGUGGGAACUGAUGUAUUUGAAUUCAGAGGCAGGAAAUACCUGAUUCUGGUGGACUACUACUCAAAAUACAUUGACGCCGUAGAACUCAGAUCAGAGACAACUACAGCCAUAAUAGAAGCCAUGAAAACAGUUUUCGCAUGCCAUGGACUUCCAGGAAAACUCAGGUCUGACAAUGGACCACAAUUCAGCUCAACUACCUUCAAAACCUUUUGCGCAGAGUUUGGAAUUGAACACGAAAGAAGCAGCCCUCAUUUUCAAAGCUCGAAUGGCGAGGCUGAGAGAGCAGUACAAACUAUAAAGAACCUAUGGACAAAGUGUGACGACAAGCAACUUGCUCUACUAGAUUACAGAACAACUCCACUAGAAAACAUUAAUCUGUCACCAGCUCAACUGUUAAUGGGACGCAGACCUAGGAACACGCUUCCAGCAUCACAAGAUCUACUUAAACCAGCAACACACGACCUAAGAAAAGUACAGCAACACCUUAAUGUCCAGAAAGCCAAGCAGAAAUUUUACUAUGACAGGAGAAGAAAUGUGAAGGAGUUAUCACCCCUAGACAAUGCUUACCUAGAAUGA